CAAGGAGAAAUUGAAGCAGAGGGUCCAUGUGCUCAACAUGACCUCCCUGAGGAUUGAGAACCUGACCCUCGAGGACAGUGGGCCGUACUGAUUUCAGUGCAAGUUAACAGGAGGAAAAGGAUUUGUCCAGAUUUUCCACCUAAUGGUGUAUGCUGACCAGGCUGCCAGCAGCCUUGUCAUGGGACCCUGCUCAUGGGACGGCCCGUGUUGCUGGGCCUCCAGUGUCCUGGAGUUCAUCAGUCUCCUCCUGAGUGUCUGCAGUGCUGUGGUCAAGAGUCCUGGGGCACAUGGCCCUGGAGUCAAGGAUUCCAGAGCCCACACUUAUCUGGAGGGGAUCCAAGGAGGUGCUGUUUUGUUUCAUGUGACCGAGAAGCCAGGAGUAGUUCCAGAAGCUGACCUGGAGAAGCUGUUGUGGAGCUUUGGCCCUGAGUCAGGCUACAUAAAAAUGUUUGAAGUCUCGUGGGAUGAGCUCCCAAGGUGGGUUGGCCUCCAGGAGAAAUUGAAGCAGAGGGUCCAUGUGCCCAAUCUGACCUCCCUGAGGAUUGAGAACCUGACCCUUGAGGACAGUGGGCAGUACCGAGCUGAAGCCACAUUAACUGGAGGAAAAGGAUUUGUCCAGGUUUUCCACCUCAUGGUGUAUGAGCCAGUGCCCCAUCCCCACAUCCAGGCUGGGUUACUGUCCCUCACAUCAGAAUGGUGCAAUGCAACUCUGGAGUGCAAUGUCAUUCUGGAGAAUAGGACCUCAGGGACCACAGAAGAUCUGAAGGUGACCUGGAAAAGCAGGGAGCUGGAGCAGGGAGGGACACCAGGGCCAGCCCUCAACUCCUGGACCCUGGCUGUGAGCCUGCCCCUGAGCCAGCUCAACACCAGCUUUACCUGUGUGGUCAGCAACCGGGUGGACCAGAAAACUGCCACCAAAGACUUUAGGGACAUCUGUGCCCAAGGUUCAGGUGGAUGGGACAUGGACAGGCUGCGGCCAGGCAUCCUAGGGGCUACUGUGGUUUUGUUGCUGAUUCUGGAAGCUGGAUUAUACCUUUGGAACACACGUGGGAAGAAGAGGAAGAAGAAGUUGGAACCUAGAAUAGGUGCAGGAUUGCAGGAGGAGCACAGGGCUGAUGCUGGUGAUGUCCACUAUGCAGACCUGAUAGAGCAGGAACCUCAGGGCAUCGGUGAGGUGCAUGUGCAAGAAAAGGGGCCUCUCAAAUCUGUUUAUAGUGAGGUCCGUAACCCAGGCCAGAUCGUCAAGAAGAAUUAAUUGGAGGCAGCGGGAGAAUCCGGUAUCUCUGAGCCUGAAGCCUGCAGAUACUUGACUCUCCAAGCUUCAGUCCAGUACCAGCUGUCUCUAGUCUACGUUACCCUGACUUGGCAGCCACACGCUCUAUGGGUGCUCAGGGCCUGGCUGAAUUCUGCGACCCCUCCCCAAACUGCCCUCCCAUUCAGGAUCCUCACACCUGCUGGGUGAGGGCUCUUUGCUUAUCCUCCACAAGGAUCCUACACUUGUCCAAAAACUUUCUCAAGGGGACCAUGUCUGAUUGUGCAGGUGGCAAGUCUCCUCCUCUGUGUGUCACUAGUGUGCGUAAUUCCACAAACAUGAGCCAGGUGCAGGAACUGUGCAGGGCAGUGGACUGUGCCAUGGAGGAGGGAAUGAAGACCUAGGCUCUGGGGACUGAGUUGGAGUCAAAAGCGGCAGCAUGGUGGGACCACAGAGGGGCCGUCCUGAGCAGUCUGUGCGUUUGGGGGAUGGUCAGGGCACAUUCUACAUCUUAACACAAGGUGCCUUCAUUUUUACCCAGGCUAUUCUGAACCUAAGCUUCAGCCUUAGUCCAUGGACUUAUCUUCCUGUGGAGUGAAAAGAGGAAUUUCCCUUCUCCCCAGCCUUCUGUUUCUCAGAGAAUGACCUUAAGAGCCAAAGUUGGGGGCAGCCCCUGUGGCUCAAAGGGGUAGGGCGCUGGCCCCAUGUGCUGCAGGUGGUAGGUUCAGACCCAGCCCUGGCCAAAAACUGCAAAUAAAUAAAUAAAUAAAAAGAGACCAAAGUUGGGGGUUGUCUUAGGAAAACAGCUCAGGUCUUCCCCUGGCCUGGGAUGGGAGCACUUGGAGGUAAAAGUGAUGCUGAGUGCUCCCCACUUUUCUUGGUAGGUGCUGCCUUGGGGUCUGACAGCAAAACUAUUGGGAAGGUCUGAGCCAGCUCUCCGGCUUCUCAUCCUGCCCGCAGACCCUGUUGUUCUGCUGGCUGCAUACCCUGGGUCAACCUCUUCUUUUCUCCCUGCAUCCCUGCACCUGAAAUCACUGUUUUCCUAUCCCUGUUCCUCACCUUCACCCCUGCCUGUUGAAAUGCUACCAUUCUGUCCAAAGUCCAAAGCCCCCUUCCAGGAUACAGUUCAUGGAGUUUCUGAAGUUUUGGAAACGGUCUCCCUGCUCGGAUCUUUCUGAACACUUUGAACAUUAUGGAAGGAAGGCGCCUACUCAAGAUUUCCUGGGUUGCAGCCAUGACUCUUCCUGCAGGGUGACCUGGCUCUGCACAGCAUAGUGCUCUGGUCUGGAUGAGCAGAGAAGAACUCAGGCACCCAGGGCAGGUGCUACAUGUGUGCUCAGCUCUUGGUGACAGGGGAGCCAGCAUGGGCAGUCUGCUCUUAACCAGCUCCUGGCUGACGGCGAGCUACAGAGGAGGUUCUCACAAACAGAGGGUCCUGUGCACAUUUAAACCCAGGGGGACAAGAGUGGCAAAGUGCCAAGCAGCAGUUACAGAAGCAUGACAUCACUGUGCACAGUUAUGUCAUCACAGAAAAACACAGUGACUUCUGGUAGCAUGUGGGUGAGAAAGCCCAAACAAUUUUGUCUGGCCCUGCAGGCUUCCUCAGGUGGAUAAUGGGGCUGGGGGAGGACAGAGCCAAGGAGAUGAGCACUUUUGGUGUGGAGGGCCUGGGCUGCUCUCAAACUUCUGAGCUCGAGGAACCUCCUGCCUCAGCCUCCCAGAGUGCUGGGAUAGGUGUGAGCCACCUUGCUUGGCCUGGUGAUUCCAUAAUAUUAUAAUGGAGCUGAAAAACUCCUAUUGCCUGGUAACAUCAUAACCAUCACAACGCCAUGGUGCAGUGUAUUGCUCAUGUGUUUGUGGUGAUCCUGGUGUAAACAAACCCACCACACUGCCAGUCAUUUAAGAGUCUAGCGCGUAUAAUAUGCAUAGUACAUAAUACUUGAUAAGAAAUGACUAUGUUACUGAUUUGUGUAUUUACUGUACUCUUCUUUUUAUCAUUAUUUUAUUUUAUUUUAUUUUGAGACAGAGUCUCACUUUGUCACCCUCGGUAGAAUAUCAUGGCAUCACAGCUCACAGCAACCUCAAACUUUUGAGCUUAAGCGAUUCUCUUGCCUCAGCCUCCCAAGUAGCUGGGACUACAGGUGCCUGCCACAACGCCUGGCUAUUUUUGUUUUUAGAGAUGGGGUCUCUCUCUGGCUCUGGCUGAGGCUGGUCUUGAACACAUGAGCUCAGGCAAUCCACCCACCUCUGCCUUCCAGAGUGCUGGGAUUACAGGCGUGAGCCACCAUACCUGGCCUCAUCAUUAUUUUAGAGAGUACUCCUUCUACUCAUUAAAAAAAAAAAAAAAUGCAAAACAGCCUCAGGAAGGUCCUUGGGGAGAUGUUCCAGAAAAGCACUAUUAUCACAGGAGAUGAUGGCUCCGUGCACGUUACUGCCUCUGAAGACCUUCCAGUGGGACAAGAUGUGGAUAUGGAAGACAGGGGUAUGGAUGAUCCUGCUCCAGUGUCAGCCUAGGCUCAUGUGUGUGUUUAUGACUCAAUUUUAACACAAAAUUUAAUAAGUAAAAAAAGAAAAAGCUUUUUUAACAUGGAAAAAAGUUUAUAGAUUAAGAAUAUAAAGAUUUUUUUAAAAUAGCUUUAAAUUGCUUUUGUGUUUUAAGCUCUAUUAUAAAGAAAUCUAAAAUUAAAUUUUUUUUAAAGUUUAUAAAGUAUAAAAGUUAUAGUUAGCUAGGGUUAAUUUACUACUGAAGAAUGAAAAAUAUAUUUUCAAAAUAAAUUUAGGGUAGUAGCCUAAGUGUACAGUGUUUACGAAGUCAACACCAGUGCACAACAAUGUCCCAGGCCUUCACCUUCUCUCACCACUCACUGACUCACCCAGAGAAAUUUCUGAUCUUUCAAGUUCCAUUUAUGGUAAGUGGCCUAUAUGGGGGUACCAUUUUUUAUCCUUCAUACCAUAUUUUCAGUGUGCUUUUUGAUGUUUAUAUAUAUAUAGAUACGCAAAUACUUACCUUUGUGUUGCAAUUGCCUGUAACUCUGGGAGCAAAAGGCUGCAUCAUACAGCCCAGGUGUGUACUGGGCUACACCAUCUAGGUUUGUGUAACUGUACUCUGUGAUGUUUGUAUAAUGGUGAACUAGCCUAAUGAUGCAUUUCCCAGAAUGUAUCAGCAUUAAAGAUGCCUGACUGUAUAUUUUUAUAUAUUUAAAUGGGAAGAUGUCCAUGAAAUAUUAAUUGUGUAAUAUAGCAGCAUGUAUAGGAUGACCCUUGUUACAUGCACCCUGAAAUAUUUAAUCUAUAUGGAGACUUCUUAAAAUUCAAAUAGGAAUGUAUGUGGCAAGGACAGGCUGAUAGUUUGCACUCUAAGAUAGUAAUUCUCAGCACGUAGCUGAGUAAAUGCUGAUUGAGUGAAGGAAUGAAUGAAUGAUGAGGUCCCUCAGGUUAUCAUUAUUUUGAUGUAUUUAGCAAGGCUCUGAAUCUGAUCCUCAGACUCUAAGACUGAGCCCAGAAACUUCAUCAUAUUCAUUGUCCAGGUUUAGCUUUCCUUGGAGAUGCAAAAGCUUGCUAGAGAAUGUUAUAAGACAGUGAUAGACAAAAUCAGAAUGGUUUUUCAUAAUUUACGGUAAGAAGUGUACUUUUCAACUGGACUGGAUAUUUCUGUUAGCCUGAUCAGUCAAUCCUCUUCCCAAAGACAGGCCACAUAAGGAGCUAUCUUAGCCUGUUAAUGCUGCUUUAAUGAAACACCUGAGACUGGGUAAUUUAUGAACAGCAGAUAUUUACUUCUCAGUUCUGGAGGAUGGGAAGUCCAAGAUCAAGGUGCUACUAGGAUUGGUGUCUGUGAGGACUGCUCUCUGCUUUCAAGAUGGUGCCUUGUGGCUCAUCUUUCAGAAUGGAGGAAUGCUGUGUCCUUACAUGGCAACAGGGAUGAAAGGCAAGAGAGCGGUCCCUUCAACCUUGAGCUCUUGGAUAGGGUGUUUGUACCAUUCACGAGGGUAGAGCUCACUGAUUUAAUCACCUUCCAAAGCCACACCUCUUUUAUUUAUUUAUUUUUUUUGAGAAAGUCUCAUUAUGUUGCCCUCAGUAGGGUGCCAUGGUGUCACAGCUCAUAGCAAUCUCCAACUCUUGGACUGAAGUGAUUCUCUUGCCUCAGCCUCCCAAGUAGCUGGAACUACAGGCGCCCGCCACAAUGUCCAGCUAUUUUUUGUUGCAGUUGUCAUUGUUGUUUAGCUAGUGUGCACCAGGUUUGAGCCCGCCAGCCUGCUGACUCCGUAACCACUGUGUUAUGGGCGCCGAACCCAUACCUCUUAAUGUUGUUGCUCUGGGCCUUAAGUUUACACAUGAGUUUUGGAGGUGACAUCAUCAUUAGAACCAAAACAGAAGCCAAAAUAUCAGUGGGCUGCUUGGGGAGCCAGGAGUCAGGGAGGGUGGGCAGAUGCUGCUGGUGUGGAUUUCACCAGCCUUCUGGAUUCUGCACUCUCCAUUUCCAUGUAAGAUUUACUUGAACAGGGCACAGGUUUCUCCUGCCAGCCUAACAGAGAACUUCAUUUAUCUGUCAUUCGCCUUUCUUUAUCCUCCAUGUCUUAUUAACCUUCCUCCUGAUUGAUGUUUCUUCUUUGAUUAUAUUCAUAAUGAGAGUAAGUCGGGCGGCACCUGUGGCUCAAGGAGUAGGGCUCUGGCCCCAAAUACUGGAGGUGGCGGGUUCAAACCCGGCCCUGGCCAAAAACUCUAUAAUGAGAGUAAGUCUUACCUCAUCUAUGAGUUGGAAUAGCUACAUGCCUCUCCUGUACUCCAGAUGGGUGGCGUUUUAUUUCAUUUACAUACACCACCACCUCCACCAAUAACACCACCAAAAUUCCCACCCACUGCUACUUCCCUCAUUUCUUUUUUUUUUUUUGUAGAGACAGAGUCUCACUUUAUGGCCCUCGGUAGAGUGCCGCGGCCUCACACAGCUCACAGCAACCUCCAACUCCCGGGCUUAAGCGAUUCUCUUGCCUCAGCCUCCCGAGUAGCUGGGACUACAGGCGCCCGCCACAGCGCCCGGCUAUUUUUUGGUUGCAGUUUGGCCGGGGCCGGGUUUGAACCCACCACCCUUGGUAUAUGGGGCCGGCGCCUUACCGACUGAGCCACAGGCGCCGCCCUACUUCCCUCAUUUCUAAGUUCUAGCAGAGGGUGUGGAGGGAGCAUACAUCUUCUUGAUACACCAUAUACUACCAGCUAAAUCACCAAUCACAAUACUCAGUGAGAAAAACUGAACUGGUGAAUGAGAUUUGGUAGUUCUAAAGGUUGGAAUCUUCAUCUGAUUUAUCACUAAGCUGUUCAGUAAGCAAAAUAGCAACAAUGAAACUCUAAGAGAAUGCAGUACGUAAUUGAUGUUCAAUUUAAAAAUCAUCAUGAAAUGACACAUUUCUGGAAAAAUAUAUAUUACUAAGAUUUAUCUACAUCUCUAACCUCAAAAAACCAUCACAGAAAAUAUUUUAACACACAUAAGUAUUACUAUUUUCUUGAUUAAGGGCAUAAGGGCCAAAUCCUAUUAACAGUGGAUUUCUUGAAAUCUUUGAAGAAUAGCUCAUUUCUGUGCUAACCAUGAGUUUUAAAGCUGGAAAGAAGAUACAGGGCAUUCAUUUAUGAUUUAUAAUACUUGACAUCCAGUCGUUAAGGCUGCGUGAGCAACUCUCACUUCCCUUCUUCUGCUGGAAACUUUCCUAAUGAACUCAACUCCCAGCAUCCCAUGGAGCCCGAGAUGCAGAAGGCCUUUUGGCAGCAGGGUGCACAGUAGUGGGAAUCAGAAUGAGCUCUAGCCCCUGUAGGCUCAGAGACAGAGGAGGGAGAGUGAGGGAGCUUCUGGGAGACACGUUCAUUGCUGCUGUGCUCCCUGCAGGGGCCGGUGCAGUGUCAGGUGCUCGGCUCCACCUCUGGUUCUGAGAAGCUGGGACUCUGGGUCUGGGAAUAAUCCUUUGUGGUUUUGACGCAGAGAGUUUCCUAGAGUCUAAAAAUGUUCCCUUUGGAAGGAAACUCAUCACCAGGUCCUACUCCAAUCUGUGCUUUAAAUCAGCAGUCCCCAGCAUUUUUGGCACCAAGGACAAGUUUCAUGAAAGACAAUUUUUCCACAGCCUGUUGGACCGGGUGGGGAGGCAGAGGGGACAGGGAGAUAGGGGGAUGAUUUGGAGAUGAUUUAAGUGCAUCCCAUCUCCACCUCAGAUCAUCAGGCAUUAGAUUCUCAUGAGGAGAGCAAUCUAGAUCACUCAGAGUCGCAGUUUACAAUAUAGAGUUCGUACUCCUAUGAGAAUCUAAUGCUACCACGGAUCUGACAGGAGGCAGAGCCCAGGCAGCGAUCCCAGUGAUGGGGAGCAGCUGUAAACACAGAUGAAGCUUCACUCAUUCACACACUACUCACCUCCAGCUGUACGGCCUGGGUCUUAACAGGCCAUGGACCAGUACUGGUCUGGGGCUUGCAGGUUGGGGACCACAGGUUUACAUAACAACAACCCCACCAAGUGACCAUGCUGGUAACAGGGACCUCACGGUGCCCCAGAGCAGUCCAUUCCAUUUUCGAAUGGCUCUAACUAUGGAAAGCUGUCCUCUAAUACUGUGAGUGAAUUGCUUACCACUCCAGCUUCCUCCUCCGAGACUAGUUUCCCUUUUGAAGUCACUCAUGGCCAAUAUGACUCUGUGUUCACUCAAAGACACUUCAAGAGGGACUUGAGUAAAGCAGAAAUGAGCAUCAGUCCAUGUAUGCCUGCUUUUUUCCCCUUCUUAAAAGUCCUGAUUUCUCCCUCCCUAGACCCCCUUCAUGGUUUCCUAGGGCACAAAUCAACUUUUGCUGUCUCUGGAUUUCCCAAGGGGUUUGGAAGUUUGGAUAUCACAUUUCCUGAGAAGUGUGAGCACCCCACCUACCCUCAGUCUUUUGGGAGAAGAGUGUUCCCAGAACUAGAACUAGAAACACAAUAUUGGCUGGCUGAUUUCCUGAGUACCACAGAUGUCCCCAAGGCCUUUGGUGGCAGUUUUCUGGUCCACGUGGUUGCUGACCCUGGGCCAGGGCCCGGGGGUCAGGGGCUGGUCCUGGCAUCCUUCUUUGCCCCAGAUCCCUGGGGAGGUCCCUACUCUCCCAAGUCACAGUUAAGUCCCUCAUGACCCCUGGGGCCCUUCACUCCAAGGUGAUGUUUCACAAGCCUAGUGUGAUGGAUGGUGCAGGGGCUCUGGGGCAGGAAGGGACAGGAGAAUUGUGACUGCAUUUGCAGGGCAGCCUCUCCAUUCAUCACAUCAGUUGUCUCACCUAACCCAUGGUGGGGCACCUCUCACCCAAAGAAACGGGCUUGGAGAAGUGAAAUGGUUUGUCCUAAGUCAUAUACUGAGAAAGGGCACAGAGUGCCAGAUUUAGAGAAGGGAUGGCAGCUAGAGCCUCUCGGCUCCCUUCACCCCCUCCCCCUGCCCUCUGCACACCUUAUCGUAUCCUUCACAACCUCACAGCACUUAGAAGGUGAGAAGAAAAUGUCUUGGGCAAAUACCUCCCACAUGAAGAAUUUGCAAAGGAGUUUCUGAAAAUACACUGUGAGACUCUUAAGCUCUGAGAGACUCUGAAGGCACAGAAAGGGUAGCAUUUGAAGAAGAGCUGGAAGAUGAUUUUUUCUGUGGGGGAGAGCUAUGUUUUCAGUUGCCUUGCCACCCCCUGAGUGCCGGCUCCUCACCUCACCUCAAUCCUGGUAACAGUGGGUGAGAGAGCCUGAAGUGAGUCCCCUGCAGCCUGGGGAUACACUGAAUAGGUGUCUGAUCUGCACCCGAGACAGCCAAAAGAGGAGGUGCUGCUGAAACAGCCUGUGGUGGCAGAUGGGGGGUGAGGGCUGCCAGCAGGGAAGAAAUUGCAUCACCAUGGAAAAGCCAAAUGAACAUAUUCUUUAUCAUGUAGAUGCAGGACCUUAAGAGAACUUUGUUGAGAGAGCCACAUGGAGGAGGGAUAGAACCCAACAGAAAGGGACCAGCCAAGAACUAGGGGCCAGAGAGAGAGCCAUCAGUGGUCACCCUGAGAGUGCAUUACCUGUGAGGAAGCAGGUGGCAACUUCCCAGCACGGAGAAGGAGGAUGUCCAAGAAAGCUGUGAAAAUGCCCCAUGAGACAGAAAAUCAGUGUAGACACUGUCAGGCCCAGAGAACCAAUUGCUGGAUGACCACAAGCCAUCAGGAAGGCCGUCCUGUCUCCUCAG